AUGGAAUUGGAUAUCUGGCCCGGCGACUUUGGGCUGCCAUCCAUCGAUGUGUCGUGCUUGCACUUUUUGGCUUGUAGCAAGUUCUGUGCUAGCCCGAUCACGUAUGUCACUUCGACGGCCCCUUGGAACUCGCCGACAGGAGAAUACCCAGUUUGUGUUGAUCGGAAGGGAAAAGGAAAGCCGAUUUGUGAUUUCGACAAAUUUGUUGAAGAGUUGCGAACCAAUGGACAAGCAGUGGUGAUCGAUGGAGGGUUAACGCCAAAAGAGAAAGCACAAAUUGAUGCGUUUGCAUGCUUUCUGCAGCAAAGAUUGCAACCAGCUGUGAAUCACACUUUGUGGGCCGAUGAUCUCAACUACCACACAACUACUCAUUAUUGGUAUACAAGCAAGCUUUCAUUCCCAUACAAUUUGUACUAUGUGGAGAGAAGAAGAAAACGUGUCCUCCGAACUUUGGCCAACAAAAAUGUCAAUCAGAUGAUGCUUGAUGCUUUGCAGGCUUUGAAUAUGCUUUCUGCAAAACUUGGUGACAAUAAAUAUUUCUAUGGAGACAAGCCAACAAGCCUUGAUGCUUUGGUUUUUGGAUAUUUAGCGGUACUUUUGAGAGUCCCUCUGCCAAAUGAUCGGCUACAGGUACAUUUGUCCGCUUGCCCAAACCUUGUGCGUUUUGUUGAGCUCAUCAUCUCCAUCUACUUACCGUCAACCGAUUCAAAACAAUCUAAAAGCAAUACUUUCUGGCAAACUCGUGUGGCUAAGGCGAUCAAACAGAAAGAAGCUAGCGCUGCACAGCCAAAAGAGGAGGAAGCAGAAGAUUUGCCGAUUAGAGAUGCCAUUCUAUUUGGGCUGGGUGCGCUGACACUGUCGCUCAUUUUUGCCGUUCAUUCGGGAAUCAUUGAGAUUCAGAUGGAAGAAGAGGAAAAUCCGAUUGUGAAAGAU